CUAAGAUUUGAAAAAUAGAGGAGAAAUGGUUAGCCAUUCUCCAACCAUACAUGUUUGGGAAUUUUUUUGUGCAAAAUGCUGUAGCAAAAAAAACACAGGCAAUUGGCUUUUCAGACACCGACGGAAACAAAGGAAAAACAAAUUGAAAAGAUAGAUUUAGCCUUUUCUCUAUGAAAGAUGAGAAGAUGAGGCGUGCCACUGCCCCACAACAAGCAGCCAACCACACCUUUACAUUUAAUACUUCCCGCACAUGGCCUCUUCACUCUCUCAGCUCUUCAACACUCUCUGGCCAAGCUCAAUCACCCAGAAGAACCAUGCCCUUCCAUUUCUUCUCCUUCCUCCUUUUCUUUUUACUCUCUAUCUUCUCCGUUCCUUCUCCAGCUCAUGCCAUAUCAUUCGUAGCACCCAUCGGCAAAGACAAUUCCACCCUCCUAUACUCCCUCACUCUCUACCUCAAAACCCCUCUCCAACCCACGCGGCUUCACCUCGACCUCGGCUCAUCUUUCACUUGGGUGGACUGCGACACGGACUAUGAUUCCUCCACUUACCAACACAUUCCCUGCGGUUCCCCUCUCUGCAGUUCCCUCGGUCACAACCUCUCUUGCUCCAACUGUUUCAACCCUCCAAGCCCCUCCUGCGCCAACAACACCUGCUCCCUCUUCCCCGAAAAUUCCAUUACCCGAAAAACCGCCAUCUCAACCGCCUUAACCGACUCGCUCGCGUUGCCCACUUCGGACGGGUCGACUCACGGCCCGCCGCUCCUCAUCCCUGCCUACAUUUUCUCUUGUUCUCCGCCUUCACUUCUCGAGGGUCUAGCUAAGAAUGUAACUGGAUUGGCAGCGUUCGGGAGGUCGAACUAUUCGCUACCGGUGCAGGUUAGCGACACUUUCUCCAUUCCUCGUUGUUUUGCGCUGUGUCUCCCUGGGUCUACGGCGGAUCCUGGGGUGGUUCUCGUUGGAUCCCUUGGGCCUUACUAUUUCUCGUCUCAAAAGAUUGACCUCUCCAAAUCGCUUAUUUACACUCCCCUGAUUCUAAACCCCGUUGGGAGCACCGUUAUAACCUACGUCGGCCAACCGUCUGAUGAGUAUUACAUCAAUUUGACUUCCAUCAACGUGAAUGGGAAACCCAUUCAGAUCAACGGCUCGUCGUUAGCCGUUGAUCAGAACGGAUUCGGUGGGACAAAGCUAAGCACGAGUACAACUUACACCGUUUUAGAGUCUUCUAUUUACAAUGCUCUAGCCGACACGUUCGUGAAUGAAUCCUCUGCAUUGAAUCUCACGGUAACCAAUGCGGUGAAACCAUUCAGCGUGUGUUAUUCCGCGGCUGAUAUAAUCGUCACUCGCGUGGGACCGGGCGUGCCGACCGUAGAUCUUGUGAUGCAAAGGGAUGAUGUGUUUUGGAGGGUGUUUGGGUCGAAUUCGAUGGUGAAGAUUGCGGGAGAUGGUGGGGAUGUUUGGUGCUUGGCAUUUGUGGAUGGUGGGGUCAACCCGAGGACGUCGGUGGUGAUUGGUGGGCAUCAGAUGGAGGAUAAUUUGCUACAAUUUGAUCUCGACUCCAGCAGAUUAGGCUUCACAUCCUCUGUUCUGCUAAAGGGUACCACGUGUGCUGAUUUCAACUUUGCCACUCAAGGACACUCUUAAUGUGCAAACUUUUUUCUUGUUCUUGUUUCACAGAAUCAGUUACCAAGUGUAAAGGCAAAUUUAAGGUACAACUUGUCUUGUUUUCGUGAUUGAUAUACCAGUAGUAAUGUCCCGUGUAGCUUCCUAAAAUUUUAAUGUCCAAUUUUGAUGACAUUUUCAAUUAA